UCUUGUCAUGUGCCGAGGAAAAGAAACGGAAACACCAGGACGUUGUCGUUUACGUUGAAAAUAAAAAUCCAGCUUCUUCAUCUCACUCGCCCUCUCCAUUGUCGUCCAAAUCGCAGAGGUAGCGAUGCCCGGCGGUUGCAGCAUUAGAGCCAUCUGGGUCCUUAACAGCCUCGACGCCGUCGUUUUCUCCAGGAGGUUUCCGGUAGUAGAGAAGCGGUGGCGGGAAGCUUAUAAGAGCGAGGAUGAGAAUGCUAGCGAGGAUAGCUUUAGUUAUACUGUAUAUUCAGUACUCCCUGCGGACUCAGAAUUGGCGACUGCUUUUGUGGAGAGAAAGCAAAGGGAGGGAUCUGCACGUGGGUUUGGCAUACGUGUUAGUCAGUCAUCUGAAGGAUCAGAUUCCUGGGUUGAUGAUCCAAUUACACGUCACAUUAUAGGUGUUUACAUAAACAAAGAAGAGGAAGGAGAUAACAAUCUGUUGUGGCCUUUAAUAUUGCACAUAAAGGGUAAUUAUUGCAUUCUUGUGUUGCCUUUAGUUGAGCCAAGGCAUUUGAAGGCAUAUGCAAGGUUAUGUAAAAGAUCUGAUUGUGGAAAUGCCGUUGGAGGGGAUGACAGUUUAUCUUCCCUCUUGCUCGAUCUUCCGUCCAUCACAGGGGCAUUCAUGGCCGCACAUGCUAUUGGUGACAUAGUUGCUGCCGAUGUAGUAGAACCUGAGGUGGUCGUAGGUGCGUCUCCCUCUGUAGGUGGCUUGUUGGAUUCACUAACUGGCAGUAUAGGUAUAUCAGGCAUCUCCUCAAGGGCAAAACCCAUAGCUGCACCAGUUGCAUCUUCUGUCCCUUCAAGCACUGCUGUAACAGGACCUGUUGCAGCAGACGCUCCAAAGAUUGGUUCAAGGCCUUUAGAUAAAGAUGCACUUCGAACUUUCAUUAGUAGUUCAAUGCCCUUUGGUACACCUUUGGACCUUAGCUAUUCCAAUAUAUUUGCUGUCAAGGUUAAUGGCUUUUCUUUAUCGGAUCUGCCUCCUGCUGAUCUCAAGCAACCAGUGUGGAAGCCGUACCUUUACAAAGGAAAGCAGAGAAUGCUGUUCACAAUUCAAGAGACUGUUCAUGCUGCUAUGUAUGAUCGAGAUGAGAUUCCAGAUAUUUUAUCAGUUUCUGGUCAAAUAAACUGUCGAGCAGAAUUAGAAGGAUUGCCUGACGUCUCAUUCCCCUUAACAGGGUUGAACACAGCUCAUGUUGAGGUCUUAUCAUUUCAUCCUUGUGCUCAAGUUCCCGAACAAUGUUUUGAUAAGCAGGCUGUGAUGUUUUCACCACCAUUAGGUAAUUUUGUUUUAAUGCGUUAUCAGGCUAGUUGUAGCCUUGGACCUCCCAUUAAGGGAUUUUACCAAUUGUCAAUGGUCUCUGAGGAUAAAGGUGCAUUUUUAUUCAAGUUGCGCCUGAUGGAAGGUUAUAAGGCUCCUCUGACGAUGGAGUUCUGUACUGUGACUAUGCCCUUCCCUAGGAGAAGGGUUGUAUCCUUUGAUGGGACUCCUUCAAUUGGAACAGUUACAACUACAGAGCACUCUGUGGAAUGGAAAAUUAUAACAGGUGGACGUGGCCUUUCUGGAAAAAGUAUCGAGGCAACUUUCCCUGGAACAGUUAAGUUUGCACCAUGGCAAACACAAAGAUUGCCUUCCUCUAGGUCAGUUUAUGGAACCAUAGCUGAUGAAGAUAGUGAUGUUGAGACAGAGCAUUCUAAUAAUAUGGUAAACAUAGAGGAAUUCCUAAUGGAGAAAAUGAGCAACGAUCUUCCUCCAGUUGAUCUAGAGGAGCCAUUUUGCUGGCAGGCAUACAGUUAUGCUAAAGUAUCUUUCAAGAUUGUUGGGGCAUCAUUAUCUGGGAUGUCAAUCGAUCCUAAAUCAGUAAGCAUCUAUCCAGCUGUUAAAGCUCCCGUUGAAUUUUCAACUCAGGUUACUUCUGGGGAUUAUAUUUUGUGGAACACAUUGGGGAAGUGCCCAUUUGCUGCUGCAGAGAAAGUAUAAUUGACAGAUGGCAACUCAGAGAAGUAUAUCCUGUGAUUUUGGUUGCAAGGAUGCUUUCUUUUGCCUAAUUAACUAAACCCUAAUCUUGUGAUUUGAAGUUCUAUGCAAGCUGAGCAAGAGAGUACUUUGCAUGUUCAGUCCUCAGAUGGCUACGUUCUGAGCAUAAUGAGCCUUAAUCAUUGUGUUUUUUUUUUUAACGGAUUGAGAUGAAGAGUUGGAAUUGAUGGGCAGUCAAGAUUUUGGUGUGAUAUGUAAUGACAUGGAUGGCUUCCUGACAUUUUUGUAUCUUAUGACCUUUGUUUUAACGUUGGGAUUGAGGCAUAAUUGAUUCUAGUAGCUGAGAAAAUAUGGGGCAAUAUACUAUGGACAAGCUGACAGGUGCUCCCAUUUGUGUAACUCCCUCUCAUGUUUGUUUGUUUAUUGUAUUGAUAUGAUAGGUUUUGUUUGUUGUA